AAGCACCCCAGAAGCCAUUGCUUAUUGUAGAGCCUCACGGCGGUUUCAGAAGCAUCCCUGUACCUCAUUGGGCUUGCUUGGCACGAGAAGCUGUGCACUGUCAGGACAUGACCAGCGUGCGUAGGGGGUGGGGAGAAGUCACUGGCUUCUUUCUCCCCGUAAUUGUCUAAACCCAGCCAUUGUUUUCUCUGCAAAGAAAGAAACCUGAUCUUAGAGCUGUGCCUAGCGUCACAGACUCUGUGAAUGACACAGGGUCUCCGGUGGUCCUUGGGGAACUUCUGAUGCCAUAAGGAUGCCACCAAGUGAUCACAUGACUCUUGAGUGAUGUCACAGCCAUUGCCUAUAGAGCUCAGAGUCCUUGUUCGUUUUGGAAUAUGGGAUUUGAGUAAUAAAAGCAGGAGCCUAGGGUGGGUGGUGGGUGAGUUGUCCAUUUCUAAAACGGGAAUUGUUUUAUCCUUCAUCUCUCUCAUAAAAACCUGAUUUGUCUGCCAUGAUUUGCCACUGAAAUAGUGUUAGAAAUAAACUCCAAUAGUUCUAUGUUAGGCUAGCCUAGGAUACCUCUAAGUGCUCAACAAUCAUUUCCUUCAGGUUGGAACUUCUUAAUGCUAGGUCCUCUACAUUUCCUGGUGCAGAAUAGUGCAACUGUGCUGCAUGGAUCUCGUAAAUAAGUUUGGAUAGGAUUGCGCCUACAUUCUAAGCAUAAUUCUAACUACCUGUAUGCAGUGGGACUUCUUCCCAAAUUCUGGGAGUCGAAUGGCUGCCUAAAUCAAUUUAUGUUAUAACUAUGCAUUCUAGUUAGCAAGGAUGUUUCAAGAAUUCUGUGUGGAUUUACUGCAAAACUUCAAAACGUGCACUGAUUUUAACCUCCCGUUACAGCCUCAUGCUGCUGCUACAAGAAUUUCAGUACUUACUUUCAAAUGUGCCUGUUGCUCUUUGCUGCCUCCUUAACUCUCCAGAAAGAUUUGGCUAGUGGUCAAUAUAGAAGUAUUAUUAAUUUUAAUUUUAUUUUAGUUUUGUUUAUAUUAGGGAGGAAGAUUUCUCCUCUAAUGUCAUUUCUGUCCAAGGCUUCAUCUGUUGGAUUUCUUAUUGUCACACUUCCAUUAAUAGCGCAAGAGUGUCGGCAGAAGAUUAACGAGAACACUGAAUGGAACUGAGCGAACUAUUUUUGCUGUGCGGUUCUCGUCUCGGCUGCCCCGUGAAGAGCAUGCGCACAACGCCUCUCCAAAGCGUUCCUAGACCGAGGGUCUUCAAGAAGUGUGAAAAAGAAAAGAAGCAAUGGCUGAGGCGCCUCCAGUUAGCAAGUCACCAUUAGCCGAGCAGCUUCUUAAAAACAUUUCAGAAUGCAAUGGGCUAGAUGCUUCGCUGCCCUCGGAGCAUCUACUAACUUGCAAAUCAGAGCCUAACUGUGUAAAGGAAGAGGGUCCUACAGUGCUGCCAGCGGUCUGCCCAAGCGCACAUGGCAAGAGCAAAGACUCCCCUAACAGUGAUGCAAUCUACAGUCUGGGUGCCAAUCAGUGUUUUCACUGUCUGAUCACCUUCCCAGAUGAAAAGUUUAAGGAGCGGCACAUGAAACGGGAACACCCAGAAGACUUUGUUCAGGCCAACCUCCGUGAUGCCCUUUUUGUCUGCUUUAUUUGCAACAAGGCCUUUGAGAGUUCUCGUGCGCUCAUCUGCCAUCAACGGGGCCAUGCAUCGGCUCCUCCCUCUGACUGCUUGCACCCGACCUUUGACUGUCCUGACUGUGGUCGCCGCUUUGGCCAGUUAGCCAACUACCAGCGGCACCGCCUGGGCCAUGCUGCUGGCCACAGCUUGCCUCACCAGUGCCCAGACUGUGGCAAGAGCUUCCGACAGCUUUCAAACCUCCGGCGGCAUCAGGCUUUCCAUCAGCAAACCCAGGAGUUGCUGCCCUCUCGCCCCUAUUCCUGCAUGGAGUGUGGAGAGAGCUUUAACCAAGAGGCAGGGCUCCACGAACACUACAUCCGCCAUGCUCGUGGGGAGCUCUAGCAAGGACUGGAGACAGGAGCAUGAUCAGCAUCACUGUGAGACGUGAAGCCAGGAUGAGGCAAGGAGUGUGAUGGAAAGUCCCUUUCUAGCUGGGGAAAGGAGGGAGAGGGCAUCUGUUUCCAAAAGACCUUUGCUGCAGUGAAGAAGAAUGGCCGGUUCAGGGGAGGAUGUAAUGGAUCAUCUCCUUGAAAGAAGCGCUGCUUCUCUGGUGUGAGGGUACGGGGGAUGGGAGCCCUUCCUUCUUUAAGAAACACCAAGUUCUUUGUCAGAUUUGUUUCUGGCCAAGGAAGCCCUGUUCAACUCUUUGGGUGCUUUUUUCUUUGCCUUAUUGGGUGAGGCUAUACGUUUUUCCAGAACAGGAAGGAAGGAAGGAAGGAAGGAAGGAAGGAAGGAAGGAAGGAAGGGAGUCAUCUGCCUGAAGGCACUAAGGAACUCAGGGCUGUGUGUCAUUCUUGUGUACUGAUUGCCACCCCUUCCCCUGUAUAGACACGCAGCAGAAUUUUCUAAGCUGGGGUAGCGUUUAAAUUCUCAGUUGUCUUUUUUCACAUACAGCCACUUGAGCUUAAUGGUUGUACAGAGAGGCUUGAAAUGUGGACAGUGCUCUGCUUUGUCCUGUCUUGGGAGCCAGGUGACGGGGCAGGGGCCAGGUGCAAGCUGCGCUGCUUUAGUUCUUUGCCACUCCCCUCAGCUCAUGCAGACGUCACGAGUUUUGUGAAAGAAGGGGCGGCACGCUCGCAUCACUUGAAUGCAAUAUUCCCAAAGCAGAAUCCUGGGUUUCUUAGGAUUAAUUUUUGAAAAAAAAAAAAAAAACUUGGGCGUGGACAUAGCUUUGGUUUAGGAAAAGGGUGAUGAAACAGAUCCUUCACCUACAAUAUACUGAUAUUGAAUCCUGUAUUCAGCUCAGAUAUGCUUAUGCCUUCCCCGUGUAAAUUCCUUCCUACAGCUGUGUGAACACAGCAAGAAGCAUAUCCUGUGACCUAUCUAGACAUUGUCAUAUGUAAUGAUGGCAUCCGUUUUUUUCCUCCUCCUCUGUGGGAGAAAUGUAAACUUCAAAAUUAUAGCUCAGUCUGAGAUUAGGGAUUUUACACCUGCUGCUUAAUUCUCCUAGGUAGCAUACUUUUCCUUUCCUCCAUAUCUAGGGCAGACUCUUCCAGUAUUGUUUAAAGGUCUUACUGUCUGGGACUAAACUUUAGGAGAAGUGUUUCAGCCCUUUGGAAUGGUGAAUUUGUGCAGUUUUUCCACAAACUGUCAGUGUUGGGAGGAGGGGUGGGGAACAGUGGAAGAAGACAUGGCUGUUUGGCAAAUUCUAGGGAGUUAAUUUAGGCUUUUGGGACUGAGCCCCUCCUCCACCACUCCAGUAUAACCACUGUGACCUUGUAGUUUUAAAAACUAGCCUGGAGUCAAUGUCUAAAGGAACAUGGUAAUGGUGGACAUAGGUUUGUCGGUUGCUUGAGCAUUCUCUCGUCAGCACUGAAAAGGAGUGGAACUGGCAAACUUGCUGUCAGGAUUGCUGUAUCGCUUAAAAAACUUUAAACUGGUUUGUUAUAUACUGGGCCCAUCUUUUAGGCCUAUGGUUGUCUUCUCCAGCUGACAGCAGUUCACAAGAUUCUGAGGCUGAUUGUUCUUAGAAUCAAGUUCCAUUUAAAGUGGUGAUCUGGUGGAUCGAACUUGAGACCUGCAUGUCAAGCAGGGCUGGGUAACGUCUGCCCUCCAGAAGUUUUGCAACAAUUCCUACGAUCCCUUACCAUUGGCUAUGUUAGCUAGUUCUGAGGGGAGUUGCAGGCCAAACAUGAGGAGGGCUGCAAGUGGCUUGCUCUGGAUGUCACCAUGGGUGUACAGGUCUGCUCCCCCAAUUCUCUUCUGCACCUUACUGGAUUAUUUCCAGUUUUUAAAAAAUUAGUUUACAGUCUGUUUCUUUCUCUGUCGAUAAAAUCCUUUCCGGACUGUAAAGACUGUGCACUUUUUUCUUACUUCCACUAAUGCAAAUAAACCAUCAGUUUAAGAUACUCUUCCCGUUAAA